CACGAAGUCAUAUGGCGUAGAUCAAAUAAACUUGUUAACCCCCCCGAGGUAGAUCACAUCGACGUUGCGUUGCAGGGCCGGACGUACGCAGUUAACGCUUAUCGCGUGGGCCAGUGGAAUCCAACAAGCGUCUUACCGAGAUGCCUCCCACACAGAGGUAGUUAGUUAGUUACUUAGUAACUUAGUAAGUUGCGUCACCUUCCAGGCAGCAUUCAUGUUUGUCAAUUUUUUUUUUUUUUUUUUCUAGCUUGAAGUAGCGACGAAGCCACAUAGUUCUAAUAAUGAGAGCGGAUGUGCUUCGAUCCGGUGAAGGCUUAGAAUUUGGAUGCCAAGGGGAGAAGGAAAAAAAAAAAACAAAAAAAAAAGAAAGGGUUCUUGUAGUUGGAAUCUGAUCAAACAGCGUCCUGAUCUAGCAGCGUUACGGAGUACAAGGGUAACAAUAUCCUAAUACUGCUGGGAGUUCACUGGUGCCGAUCGCACCGUAAAAACCCCACUUUUUGAAGGCUUCAUACCAUACGCAGCGUACGGAGUAGUUGUGACAGAACAGUUUUCAUUAUUCUCUUUGAACGACGAUGGUGUGGUGUGUCUCCGUGGAAGGAAGCAGGCCGAGUCCAGGCCAAAAUUAUAUCGGUCGUUGGUCAUGGUUUGGGGAGUGAGUUGAGGAAGCCAAAGGGAAACGCCAGUGGUCAUCUCCAGGUUAACAUACAUACUUGGAGGCAGCUUUGGUUUCCACUCGGGAUUUGUUCAUUGUUGACAGUAAAAAAGAAAUAGAGUUUCUUCGGGACUCCGUAUUAUUAUUAUUAUUUGCUUCGACCAUGCAUGAGGCCGAGCGCAACAAGUUAUGUGUGAGAAAUUGGGGGUUGUGUGGCGGGGGACUCCGACCGAUACUGAACACAUAACCAGGAUUCCCGGGAGGAAAACAAUGGCGCAAAUGAUCAAUCACACUACGCAGUACGCAGUACGCUGCGUUAUGGAGAUAUGUUGUGUUACAUGCAAGGGUUGACGCGGUCGACUUACUUGCGUAAGUUAGGCCAAAGGCUGCUGUCCCGCUGAUUAAAAGAAUGAAAAUAAGCCCCAAAAAAGAAAACAAAAAGAAUAGUUCUAGCGUAUUCUUUGGUGUGAGUCGUUUUAGCCUCUUAUUAUUAUUAUUCCAGAGGAUUUUGUUUCCAACCCUACCCUACCCCUACCACGGAACCCUCCCGCCGAAGAUAUUCACAUAGAACACCCCUGCAAGUCUCCUAGUUCUACAAAUCAGCACCACUACUAUGCCUAUGCGAUACUUGUCACGCGUUGAAGCAGUGAUGGUAUCGUUCCUGGCUUCUGUUCCGCGCCUAUGAUGAUGGCGCGGACUUUUGAUGGCUUCCAGAGGUCCAGUAAGGGCCCAUAUAAACUUCCCCCUCGUUGGAAGCAAGCGGAAAACCUUCACCCCCCCCUCCCCCCCCAGUGUUAAAAUAGAGCGUUAGACCAACCUAUGAGAACUUUAGGUGAGAUGGGGCGUCGACGCUCUUGCAAGAUCAGCAUCUUAGUGAAAGAUCGUCCCUCCCAGCGGUGCGAAGCCCCAUCUCUUGCUUUGUUUCUUCUUCUUGUUGACCAAUAAAAUAAUACGAUGAAAUAAAAUAAGAAAAACGAAAAAGAAAGAACAAAAGUGUGAAAAUGAAAAGAAAGGACAGGAAAGUGAGGUUACUGAUCCAUUGGUGAUUCAAGCGUGGCGUUCAGUCCCCCUUAUUCAUCAUGCUAGAGUCGUCUUUUCCCGCUGGCUGGCUGGAGAGAGAGGGAGACACGAAGAAGGCAUCCAUGAGUAACGUAGUGGUAACUAGUAGUGGUGAUUUACGAUGGCAAUGCAAAAGGGGAUGGAACUGGGAAUCCACAAUCCACAAUGCGUGGAACACGACUCCUUGAAGCAAUCGGAAGCUCGCGCGCGCCUGGCUUUAGGGCAAAAUACUGUGUCAUAUUCUUGAACACGAUGCGAGAAUGCGAUGGAAGCCCCAUUCUUCCGUCCUCGAUACUGCGUGCAAUAAUGGUGGCAGAUGGUGGCAGAUGGUGGGGUUUGGCAGGCCGCCACAUUGGCAAACACAUUAGUUAGGGCCUGGAUGGAAAAGGCGUCAGUGGCAGAUUUGCAUAGCAGAUCAUUUCAGUGAUCAAAACCGGAAAUUCAAUUCUGAUUUCUGGCCGAAUGGUACAAUAUUCCACAAACGGCUGUGCUUCGGCCCGUUCGUCGAUGCAAGUCUCUCCACUAGUUAUCCGUGCCGACAGAAGAACAAAAUAUACCUUUUCCCAAGAGUUGAAACAACAAGUCAUGGUAAACUUUGGACGCUGUGAAGGACGCGCGUGGAGGCGCAGUUGAAGCAUACAUAGCUGGAAGUCUUUUUAAGCCUUGCUUAUUGUUGAUGGGAGAUUUUUGAGGCGCAAAACCGAUGAUCGCCUGCCAAACAUGUGCAGAACCUUGAUACUCACCGCCGGAUCCAUGCGUUGCACAGAUAGCAUACGUUACCAGUGUUGUAGGCUAAUUAAUGUAUUGGCUUUCUCCCCAUCGCGGCGGAGGCCUGGCCCGGCUAACUGAUGCGGCUUUGACGACGCUUUUUGGAGGUAGGGUAGGGGGUUGCAAAACAGGGAGGACUUCUGAAAUUGACAUCACUUGGCUGAAGUUAGGAAUACAAGCUUUUUCCAAUGAAUAAUUGAGAAUGCACCGCCUAGGCCCGGCAGUGUCACGGAAAUUGUCACCCAAUUUACCAACAGGUUCAAGUCAAUAUAGAUUGGUACUCGGGACAGGCAGAUCCCCCAUCCUACCCUUACUACUGUAUGAUUACACGAAUAGAGGCGGAUUUAGACGCUGAACCGCGCGCCAUUUGGGUAUAUAAAAAUCCUUGCUAACAGAGAAACCAGUGAAUGGACAUCUAUAUCUGAGUUGUGAUGCAUUGAGGGAUCAUAUCAGGAAAACUACCCUGGUUCCCUGACGCCCGUCCUGUGGUACUUGAAUGCUAAAUGCCAGAGGGCUGUCUGUCUCCGCCUGGAAGUUCCGCCGGUCGACGUCAUUCUGACAUUCAGAUAACUAUCAUUUGGUUAACCCCUCCAUACAAACACUGGGAAGAUGACGUCGUUCCUAGGCCGAAUGUAUUACAUGCCUCCGCGUCCUCCCUUCAGACAAUCAUGGAAGGGAAUUCUUUAUUUCUGUCAAAAAGUUGUCUAUUCUAAUCCUGAAAAGUACCAGAAACAGUAUCUAAUCAAUCGCCCGCAAUGACUGGCAAGGCAACAGAAGGGUUUCGUAAGAUGAAGGGGCUUGUGGAAGGCGUGCAGCCAGGCGAGCAAAAGAUCGCAGACCUCGCUCGCGAUACUGCAGACGUUCAUUGGUCUACACCGUUCACGACUGACCAUGGCGUCAAAGUGAGCAAUACGGACCAGUGGCUCAGGCUUGCAUCCGAACAUCAAACAGGUCCAAGCCUCUUGGAAGAUCAGAUUGCUCGUGAGAAGAUCCACCGUUUUGACCAUGAAAGGAUCCCAGAACGUGUUGUGCACGCUCGAGGAACAGGUGCUUUCGGGCACUUCAAGCUUCUCGAGAGCGCAGCAGAUGUUACUUCUGCCGGAGUGUUGACUGACACAUCGCGGACUACUCCGGUGUUUGUUCGGUUUUCCACCGUCCAGGGCAGCAAAGGCAGCUACGAUACAGUCCGUGAUGUCCGAGGUUUCGCAACUAAGUUCUAUACGGAAGAAGGCAACUGGGACCUCGUGGGGAAUAACAUUCCUGUUUUCUUCAUUCAAGAUGCUAUAAAAUUCCCGGAUAUAAUCCACGCUGUGAAGCCGGAACCUCAUAAUGAAAUUCCUCAGGGGCAAACCGCCCAUAAUAACUUCUGGGACUUCAUGUAUAUGCACCCUGAAGCUACCCAUAUGUUUAUGUGGGCUAUGUCAGACAGGGCUAUUCCGCGAUCAUUUCGGAUGAUGCAAGGGUUUGGCGUCAAUACCUUUGUUCUAGUGAAUAAACAGGGGAAACGGCACUUCGUUAAGUUCCACUGGAUGCCAGAGCUUGGGGUUCAUUCGCUCAUUCCCGACGAAUCAUUUAAACUCGGUGGCCAAGACCCAGAUUUCCACCGUAAAGAUCUGAUGGAAGCAAUUGACAACAAGGUGUACCCGAAAUGGAAGUUUGGAAUCCAGGUUCUUCCGGAAGAGAAAGAGCAUGACUUCGAUUUCGAUAUUCUCGAUGCGACUAAGAUUUGGCCGGAGAGCCUGGUGCCUGUUCGAUAUAUUGGGGAGAUGGAGCUUAACCGCAAUGUUGACGAGUUUUUCCCUCAGACAGAGCAGGUUGCUUUCUGUACUAGCCAUAUCGUUCCUGGAAUUGAAUUCUCCGACGAUCCUCUGCUCCAGGGACGUAACUUCUCCUAUUUCGAUACUCAAAUUUCCCGCCUUGGUAUCAACUGGGAAGAGCUCCCUAUCAACCGCCCAGUUUGCCCUGUCAUGAAUCACAACAGAGAUGGUGCAAUGCGCCACAGGAUAACCCAGGGAACCGUGAACUAUUGGCCGAACCGCUUCGAGGCCUGCCCACCCACCAAGCCCGAGGAUGGAGGUUUCGUCACCUACCCUCAAAAGGUAACACAGAGCAUCAAAGCUAGGAUGCUUAGUAGCAAGUUUCGUGAGCACAUCAAUCAAGCGCAAUUAUUCUACAAUUCUCUCUCGGAUUACGAAAAACUCCACGUCCAGAAUGCCUUCUGCUUUGAGUUGGACCACUGCGACGACCCUAUUGUCUAUAACAGACUUGUCGAGCGGCUUGCUGAAAUCGACCUUCCCCUCGCCCAAGCCGUUGCCGUCAAAGUCGGCGCGCCCACCCCACAAAAAGCCCCACGAGCUAAUGAAGGUCAGAAGACAAUAAACCUCAGCCAAAAAUACAUCAACGACCGCCAACUGGCCACUCCCACUAUCAAAGGCCGAAAAAUCGCUAUAUUGAUCGGAGAUGGCUACGACUCUGUCGCCUUUGGCACGGUUAAAGCUGCAAUUGCCGCCAUGAACGCGUUGCCCGUCGUAAUCGGCACGAAGCGGCAAGCUAUCUUUGCCGACCAUGAGGACAAGGAUAGCAGCAAGGGCGUGAUUCCGGACCACAACUAUAUUGGCCAGCGCUCUACGCUCUUCGACGCUACUUUCAUCCCCGGUGGCUCGCAUAUCAAGGAACUGGGCCAGCUGGGCGCUAUCCAACACUGGAUCGCCGAGCAGUUCGGACACUGCAAGGCCAUUGGUGCUACGGGCGAGGCUGUUAAUCUUAUCGCGCAGGUUCUGAACAACCUGCCUGGGCUGGAGGUAUCAUCGGCCACUUCAGGGCAUCCAGUCGAAUGGUACGGUGUUGUCACGUCCAGCAAGCUGCACGAGCCCCACAGCUUGACGGAGGGGAUCAAGAUGUUCCCCGAGGCGAGGGAUUUCUUGGGCAAGUUCUUGUAUCAGGUUUCGCAGCAUCGGAAUUACGAGCGAGAGAUGGCAGGGUUAGCGGAUAAGGUCCCAUUUUGAAUGGAAGCGGAUCGGUUGAAAGCUGGUGGAAUCAGGACUGAUAAUGAGGAAUACUCAGGCCUCGAAAAAACAAAAACAGUCACAGGAAAGCGUACCGAAUGCAGAUUGAAAACAAAAUCCUAGGUUUGAAGUUUUGCCUUCCUGUCUUCCCAUCUUCUCCAAGUUAUUUGAUUAGUAGCCAUCUGCUACGUUGCUUCUCACACAACUCAUCACAUGAAAAUGGCAAACUAAUUCUUGAAAAUGUAUGAUAUAUGCGUCUUUUUUUCUUCAGAAAUAAGUUGCUCUUAAUAAUUGAACAAAGUUAUUUUCGAUUCUAUUAUCGAGACACGUUCCUGCGGUAAUUGGUGGCGUCUGUAGCAUGCUUAUUAGUACGUUUCUGUCUCCGUGAGUGCUGCUACUUAACUAUCCCUAACCCCUGGAGGAGACGAGAGCCACUGAUUUUAAGAGAAGACCGGGAGGAUUUAGAACUGAAUAAGACUAUUAAUUUUCAAACCUAUAGACACUUUAUGAUACGGUGCGCCGUAAGGGAAAUAUUUGAUAGGAUGUCUCCCAAAAAAAAAAGCACACCCAACAACAUAAUCAGAAAGAAAUAACAAAUGAAUGGCAUAUUGGGUAUAUGUACGAAAAGGAAAAGAAAGUAAAUUAAUCAUGCGUAGGAGGCAAUAGCAGCAUCAAGAGAUGUUUCGCUAAAUUCCAGAAAGGGAAUGAAGAGAGGAUCGAUCCAGCAACCCAGUCAAUGAGGAAAGGAUAUAGUUGAGACAAUGUCAGUUCCCGGCAAUACAGAUGGUGUAUAUAAAAACAUAAGGGAAUUGAAGGUUGUAUGUAGACAAGAAAAUAGAACAGAGAUUUUCGCCGUGCAUAUGUAUUGAGACGAACGAAAAUACCACCAAAAGCAGGGACGGGGAAUAGCAAAUAAAGAAUGGGAUAUUAUCAAAGCCCCCAUCAUCCUCUCACGCCCAUCUCCACACAGGCCUCCAUACAUCUGCCUCCGUCUCUCGACUAUGCUCCAUAGUCUUCCUCCUAUACAUGCCAUUCACGCCAGCACUGUCGUUCCCAUCAACGCUUGCGCCACCAGCCGCACCGGAAAUACUGCUCAUAUGGCCCGUGGCCGACG